CUCAUUCGCAUAAAUGGGGACAUUAUUCUUGGGGGCAUUUUUCCCAUGCACGAGCAAAUUAGUGGAAGAACUGAUGCACCAUGCGGUGCCGUCAAAGAAGAAAAAGGAAUGCAGCGAUUGGAGGCAAUGCUCUAUGCCAUCGAUGAAAUUAAUGCCGACGCUGACUUGUUACCCAACGUCACUUUGGGUGCUCUAAUCAUUGACUCUUGCAGCAGUGAUACGUACGCUCUUGAACAGUCCAUGGAAUUUGUUCGCUCUUAUAUGAAUCAAGACAUGACUGAAUACAAAUGUGAUUCGGGUAAACCACCGGUCCAUGUUCCUCACAAACCAAUCACAGCAGUUAUAGGAGCAUCAUUCAGUGUAGUAUCAAUUAUGGUAGCCAACAUACUACGUCUUUUUAAGAUUCCACAAAUUAGUUAUGCCUCAACAAGUACUGAAUUGUCGGACAAAUCCAGAUUCGAAUAUUUUAGUAGAGUCGUACCGCCGGACAACUUUCAAGCACAGGCUAUGGUGGAAAUCAUCAAAGAAUUAGGCUGGAAAUACGUCUCAACCGUCGCUGUGGAAGGAGAUUAUGGAGAAAGGGGAAUUGCGUCUUUUAUCGCUUACUCAUUGGAAGCAGGGAUUUGCAUAGCUGUCACCGAAAAAGUUCUAAGAAAUUCAAAAACAGAAGAUUUCGAUCGCAUUAUUGAGCGUCUUGUUCAAAAAUCAGCACGUGCCGUUGUCCUUUUUGUUGAUGAAGAUAAUACAAGGAAAUUACUACAGGCUACUAUACGUGCAAACAAAACUGGACAUUUUUUAUGGAUCGGAAGUGACUCUUGGGGUGCGAAAGUUUAUCCUGUUAGGGAACAAGAAAUAGCAGCCGAAGGUGCCAUCACAAUUCUACCACACAGAAAUGCUAUCAAAGAGUUUGACGAUUAUUACCGAUCCCUAAGACCGUAUAUAGACAACGACACCUGCAACUCCAGUGUAGGCACUAAUGUCCAACAUUAUGCAAACUCAUCUCUUGUUAUCAACUGCAGGAAUGGAUGGUUUCGUGAAUUUUGGAGUCAACAUAAUAAAUGUGGUUUUGAUAAUCAGCAGUUUAAGAGAAAAUGUACCGGACACGAGGUUAUUACGGGUUAUGAACAGGAAGGUCUGGUGCCCUUUGUCGUUGAUGCCGUCUACGCAGCUGCUCAUGCAAUUCAUAACAUAAUUGCUGAUACAUGUGGAGUCGAUCCAUUUUAUUUCUGCGCCAAAUUAGAUACACAACAGCAACAGCAUCAACAGCCCCUAUUUGGAACUCGAUUAUUAAAAUAUCUUCGUAAUGUUUCAUUUAUAGGUAGGCAACAAACCGAAGUGAAAUUUAACAUAGACGGAGACGCCUACGGAAGCUACAAUAUUUAUCAAUAUCAACGCCACGAGGAUGGAAAAUAUGACUACGUGCAAAUUGGGUCAUGGAAAGAAGUUUUAGACUUAAAUCUGAGCAGAAUUCAAUGGAACGGUACCGACGAAAUACCAACAUCAAUUUGUAGCGAGCCGUGCCCAUCGGGACACAUUCGAAAUUAUCAGGAUCAAUGCUGCUGGGUGUGCGUAUCGUGCAGAGAAGAUGCGUAUGUUUUCAAUGACAGCUGUAAAUCAUGUCUUCCCGGCUACGCUCCGAACAAUGAUAAGACUGAAUGUAUCAAGUUGAAGGCAUUAGUUAUCGAAUGGCUCAGCCCGUGGGCUUUGGUCCCUCUAAUAUUCAGCUCUGUUGGCAUUCUCGUUACGAUUUUCACCACUUGCGUUUUUGUUCGAUACAACAAAACUCCAGUAAUUAUGGCAUCGGGAAGAGAGUUGUGCUACGUUCUUUUGAGUGGUAUUUUAUCAUGUUAUUCCAUGUCAUUUAUUAUUCUAUCUAAGCCUACGGUGGAGACGUGUGCCGUUAUGAGAGUUGGAUUGGGACUUUGCCUGAGUAUUUGCUACAGCGCCAUAUUUACGAAGACGAACCGUAUAUCCAGAAUAUUCAACAGGGGCGUCAAAACUAUUAAAAGGCCUGUCUACACAUCACCUAUAUCACAAGUAGCCAUCGCUUUGGGAAUAGUGUCAAUUCAACUUAUUGGAGCCAUUGUGUGGUUAGUAAUUGAAAGGCCGGACAUACGAGAGAUUUAUCCAUAUCCGUUAACUGCAGUGCUGACAUGCCGUGUGUCAACAUUUUCACUCAUUAUGUCUCUUGUGUAUAACAUGAUACUGAUUAUAUUAUGCACUUGGUACGCGUUUAAAACUCGUAAGAUACCUGAGAAUUUCAACGAAGCUAAAUAUAUUGGGUUCACAAUGUACUCCACUUGCAUUGUGUGGCUGGCAUUUUUGCCAAUAUAUUUUGGAACGAAUAACGAUUAUAAGAUUCAAAUUGUGAGCAUGUGUAUGUGUCUGAACAUCAGCGCAACGGUGGCAUUGGGUUGCUUAUUCACGCCCAAAGUUUAUCUGGUGAUUUUUCAACCGUACAAAAAUGUUCGUCAAGGGAAUGGUGGUCAGGGAAUAAACAUGGAAAGACCUGCAUACAGCAUGCGUUUCACAGUUCCUAGGUCGCAAACGAUGCAAUCGAUGACGAGCAACUCAAAAUCACCAAAACUGGGAGCUAAGCAUGCGAACGGUGAUCCGGUUGUGAUGCCCAGUCCUAGUGUUGAAGAAAGCUCCUUGAGCUAAAUUUGUAAAUAAUUCCUAUUACUCGGCUGUAAGUAUGUAAAUAGUACAGAAUAAAUAUUGAAUCAUUU